AUGUUAAAAAGCAAACUACCUUCACGAAAUAUUCAUGGUUCUACCGUCUCCUUGAGUGGCAAUAACGCAAUUGCCAAAGUCAUCUUUUUAUUCACAAACCUAUACAAGUUGGCCCAUGCCGUUCCCAUCCAUUUGAACAAGGACGUUUCGGCCGAGGGCAAAAAGAGCGAGUUGACCCCCAACGAGUACUAUGCAAACUUGUUUGUUUCCAUCCUCUUGGUCUUGUUGGGUGGGGUGUUUGCCGGGUUGACCUUGGGGUUGAUGGGCCAAGAUGAGGUUUAUUUGAAAGUCAUUGCCACUAGUGGCGACAACCACGAGCGGAAACACGCAAGGAAGGUGUUGCGAUUGAUUGGAAGAGGCAAACACUGGGUCUUGGUGACCUUGUUGUUGUCCAACGUCAUCACCAACGAAAGUUUGCCUAUUGUCUUGGAUCGAUGUCUAGGAGGCGGAUGGCCCGCGGUGGUUGCGUCGACUGUGUCCAUUGUCAUCUUUGGUGAGAUCAUUCCACAAUCGAUUUGCGUCCGCUAUGGUUUGCAAGUUGGUGCGUUGUUUGCUCCAUUUGUCUUGGUGUUGAUGUACAUCAUGUACCCAGUCGCCUACCCGUGUGCCAUGUUGUUGGAUCACAUCUUGGGCGAAGACCAUGGUACUGUGUACAAGAAAUCCGGAUUGAAAACAUUGGUUACGUUGCACAAAACAAUGGGAGUCGAGAGACUAAACCAGGAUGAAGUUACCAUCAUUAGUGCUGUUUUGGAUUUGAAAGAGAAAUCUGUGAGUUCCAUCAUGACUCCGAUGGAGAGAGUUUACACCAUGAGUGCCGAUACACUCUUGGAUGAAAAGACUGUUGAGGAAAUAUUCAAUGCAGGUUUUUCACGUAUCCCAAUCCACUUGCCAAAUGAGCCCAACAAUUUCAUUGGUAUGUUAUUGGUGAGAGUGUUGAUCAGUUACGACCCCGAGGAUGCCUUGCCAGUUGCUUCUUUCCCCUUGGCCACACUUCCAGAAACAGGUGUCGAGACCUCGUGCUUGAACAUUUUGAAUUAUUUCCAAGAGGGCAAAUCGCAUAUGAUUAUCGUUAGCGAGACCCCAGGUGAGCCGACGGGAGCCAUUGGGGUCUUGACUUUGGAAGACGUUAUCGAAGAGUUGAUUGGAGAAGAGAUUGUUGAUGAGUCCGAUGUCUACAUCGACAUCAACAAGAACAUCAAGAGGAAAAACCCCGGUCCGUUGUCCAAGAGAAACUUGACGGCGUAUUUGCAUAACCUAUAUCAACGAGGUGCGGCAGCAAAGCGCAACUCCAUUGACUCGUCGGAACCUCCGCCUGACUUGAAGGAACGGCUAACGAGGCAGGGUUCCCAGGCCACGGUGAUUUCUUAUACCCCCAAUCAUCGCAACCACAAGCACGAGGGACAUGUAGAGGCAAGCACCUCGGCCAAUACUUCUUCUCAAGGUGGAAUGAUUAAACUGAAUGAGGACAGCGCAAAUGCCAAUGCCAACGCUCUCCUUCAUGCCAAUGCUGGUGCCGGUGCUGGUGCUGGCGCUGGUGGAACCAAAUGGAAGCUCAAGAAUCCCGCCAUGAACCCGUUGGAGACUUCAAAGCCGUUUGUUACGAUCAAGAAGCCCGACCAAGGUGCCAUUGAUUCGGCUGCUAAAGCCGCAUCCCCGGUUCCUAUUCCACACGAUUCAAAAAACCCGCAAAAACAUGGACAACACGGACUGCAUGGACAGCAUGGACAAGUUGGAGAAGUGUUUUCUAGCGAACAAGGAGCCAUUGAAGAGGCCAAGAGGAGAUCUUUUGAAAUACGAUCGCGCUCAGCAACACCCAACCCCCACCCAAAGAGCUUUUUAUUACCGGAUCAAAAGGAAACCGAUGUUUCCGAAAUCACAGGCAACCACAACUCACAGCAUCUUCAUGAUCCUAGACAUAUCGAUAUACCGCUAGCGAGAAGAAACGAAGGAUAUCCCGAGUUGGAACGUCAAGAAUCCAGAUCGUACAGAACGGGAGGUAUUGUCGAGUCAGUAAUCAAUUGUGAUGGAGUGCAUAAAACGAUUAUUGAAAAUGUCAGCGACCGAGACGACGACGAUGGGAAUAACGACGAUAUAGUAUUUGAAGACCCCAUGCUGCAUAGUUCAAAGAAGAAGAAAAGAAGCAAAAAGAAAUCGAGAUCGGGAUCAGGGUCCGGUUCCGGUUCAAGAUCCAAUUCUUUUAGCAUGAGCAAAUUGAGCGACGAAGAAGAGGAACACCAGUCUUUGUUGAAUGGAUUGAAUGGAAGUAGGCAUUCAUCAGCAAGCAGCACUUCGAGUGGCAAUAGAAAAAAAUUAGGUUUUGACAAGGAACGAGCCAAUGGCAAGACUACUUGA